CAAAGGUAUGCAUGUGUGAGAGAGAGUGUAGGCAGCCUAAACACUAAUGACAAGCUUUGUUCCCCUUUUUUGUCUUUUUCAAACGUGCAGGUUAAGAUUAUGAGAGCUGAAGACGGCUUCUGGGGUGCAAUCAUUUGAAUACUGAAGGAUGUGGCGUUAGCGGCCAGGACCUCGCUGAGUUGCUCUGCGUAGCUCUCUGAAUGAACACAGGAAACUCUAACUCAAUCCUUGUUAAAGCAGAAGCCUGGCGUUGUUGCAGAUCUCAAAGUGGCUGGGUCGUCAUUUCCUUGAGAAAUUUUGAUCGACAUGGAUUUGUUCGUUAUCCUUUUCCCCCGUCUCUCUCUCUCCCUCUCCAUGGCUCUCUCCGAGUCUCUUUUGCCUACAACAGCAUAGUGGCGAGAUCCACACAUUGCAGAAUUCCGUUGAUUGGUGAGAGAGUCAAAGGGAAAACCAGGAUCAAAGUUCGCUGACAUGCUGCGGCAAUCAGGUGCGCUGUGAAAAGUCGGGGGGGAGAAGAUGUCUGGCUGUGUUCUGCGGACGGAAGAAUGAAGCACCCGGGAACUUUUUUCAGGUCUGGAAGAGUCGUACCUCUGUGAUUGUGUUCGUUCAUGUGGGGUUCACGGAGGCUUGGUUGCAAGGCAAGACCAAUCAUUUGUCUUGAUUCUCUGGGCUGAGAGCAGGCAAACUGAGGGGGACGGGACAAGCAAACCCCUCUAUCAAGACCUGAUCUAUUUCCCCAAACAAUUUAGUGUAUUCAUGAGGUUACGCAAAUGUGGAGGCAGCAAAAUUACCGUAAUCAAUUGAUACAGCGAGCGCGCAUCCAUGGCUCUGAUUAUUUGGAGAUCAUCUAUCAGCCUGAUGUCUAUGUAACAAGAAAAAGGGGGGCAUUAUAUUACCGUUGAGUUUCACUGAGAAGUCCAUGAUCAUUGGGCAAGGGAGUUUGGUCAGUGAUAAUAGGGCUCCUUGGUCGGCCGAAGGAAGUAUUUCUCCGAACAUUAGAUAGCUCACUCUGCCCUGCUGAAAGGUGCUGUUUUGAAACUAAACCCCACACUGUCCAAACGAACUGGUGCACCGUGUUCUCCGUAAUCUCCUUUUUUUCCACCUGACAAAGGAAAAAAAGAGGCGGACGAGCCACAGGUCCAAGAGGAUAAACUGAGCAUGGAGGUCAGGUACAACCAAGAGACGGAAGGGAUGGGGCUGAAGAAUGGACUUAAGAAGGGGAAAGAUGACAAGGACUCCCAGGGCAGCUUGUCCAAAAGCUUCCUCAAGGAGCAGCAGGACUCCUUUUCCCCCUCUGGGACCAUGGAAAACUGCGAGAAGAACAGGGGGAGCACGGGGGACCCAGACUACUGUCGGAGAAUACUAGUCCGAGAUGCUAAAGGCUCUAUCCGAGAGAUUAUCCUGCCCAAGGGUUUGGAUUUGGACCGGCCAAAGCGAACCCGCACAUCCUUCACUGCAGAGCAGCUCUACCGGUUAGAGAUGGAGUUUCAGAGGUGCCAGUAUGUGGUUGGGAGGGAACGGACCGAACUGGCCCGUCAGCUCAAUCUCUCUGAAACUCAGGUAAAGGUCUGGUUCCAGAACCGGCGCACUAAGCAGAAGAAGGACCAGGGGAAGGACUCUGAGCUGCGUUCAGUGGUUUCAGAAACAGCAGCGACCUGUAGUGUCCUCAGACUACUGGAGCAGGGUCGGCUGCUGACUCCUCCUGGCCUGCCGGGCCUCCUGCCCCACUGCGGCAGUGGCACACUGGGCUCCGCCCUGCGCCCUCCCUCCAUGGCCAUGGCCAGUAACGGCAGCAGUAGCAGCAGCAGUGGUGGCAGCACUGGCACGGCGGGGGGCAGCCCUCCUCUACCUGCCGUCACCAGCUCAGGGACAGUGGCGGGCCUGCAGAGCUCUCAAGCAGCUCACGGCCUUUUCAGCUUUCCCAUGCCCUCCUUACUCAGCGGCGUCGCCGCCCGCAUUUCCUCCAACCCUCUGUCCAUGGCUGGCUCACUGGCAGGGAACCUGCAGGAACUUUCCGCCCGCUACCUGAGCUCCUCUGCUUUUGAGCCUUAUUCGCGGACCAAUGGCAAAGAAUCCAUGGACAAGAAAAUUCUGGAAUGAUGCUUUGUUUUUACAUAGAUGGAUUCCUGUUUCCUCUGGACACAUUUUGUUUGUUUUCUUGGCUUUUACUGUCUUUGUUUGGUUUCGCUCAUUCUCUUUCAUCUAUCUGUGUCAUGUUCUGUAGCAGUUCAUGUAUUCCAGUUGCACAUCUGGCGCCUUGUACAAGGAAGAAAACAAAGACACACACAAGCUCAUGUCACAAAGAAAUGUGGUGGCGGAAAGAUUUUGCACAAAACGUUCAUAAACUAGGACUUUGUUACGGAGAUGUAGAGAGACUCUCGAACCGAAGAUUACUGAGGGAUCUGUCUGAUCAACAAAUGUUUAGUCCUAUCUAUUAAUCCAAAAUAACAGUUUACACAGGGGUCCAGAGAAUAUGGCUGCUUCAUACCACAAGAGCUCUAUCGCUGCAAGAGAAGUGGUACAUAGUGUAUAGCAUGAAGUUUAGGAUUGGUGACAGAAAGUGUAAAGUGAUGGUACCUUUCUGAACUGUGUUUUAUUAUUUGAUUGUGUUGGGUAGAUGCAUGUCACUGAAGUGAGUAGAUGUAGAGAAGGAAAGCGAGUUUACAAACACCUGAGCAGCAGUCUGUGAGAUCCAGUCAGCAAAUAAAAAAAUAUGUGAAUUAAAUUUAACAUGCAGCAUUAUGAGUGAACAAGCAAGGCCAAUCUGUCAACACAGAAUUGGGGGAGAGAAAAAAGUGCCUCUGUUUGAAGGUCACCGCAAGGCCAGUGUCAGCACGAAACCCAAUGCAUUCAGCAUGUGAAUGCACUUUGCUUAUGCAGAUGCCUCGCAACAAUUAAGCUUACAAAAAGAUCUUUUGUACUCGGUUUGGACCAAAACAGAAUCCAGAGAAGGUGUUGUCAUACAAUAUGAUGGUUCAAUUGUUCAGUGUUGUUUUCUCCAUGGUUUGGUGAGGAUUUUAACUUUUGACAACAGAAAUCUUCACCUUGUGGCAUUUUCGUCUUCAAGAUACAGUACCUGACUUUAUUUUUGUCUGUGAUUUUAAUACCACUGUGAGUUCUCAGAGUAUUGGUGUAUAGUUUGGAGCUAAGCACAGGAACGAGUUGCUGAAAGGAAAGGAAAGUUCUGAAGAAAAGCUUUUCAGCAUUAGUAGCUGCUUGCUUUGUUGAACACUACAAGGCAACAGGUUUUCAAUCACCAAGACAAUACAAUACCUUUCCCUCCUGUGUGAAAUCUUCUAAAUCCACAGCCUUCAUAAACGACAUUAGGACAGACUGAUGCAUGUGGAGACCGAAUGGAAUUAUUGUUGUAUAAAAGAACUGGAAAUGAGAAAUGUACCUUAAAAUUGUUAUUUUAUUGUAAAUUAUUUACUUCUGUAUCUAAUAGAUUAUUAGUAUAUCUGGAAAAUAAUGAAUGAAUGAAUGUAUUAGCAGGGUUGAGGAAUCAAUCAAAAGCUCUUUGGUGCUGUUGUUGUGAUAUAUCUUGAAAUUUGUGAAACGUGUGGUACAAAUGUGCAUAUAUAUUAUGUAUGGCUACAGACAAAGACAAGUGUGUUUUUCAUUUUUCUUUCAUACAUGUUGCUGUGAAUCAAGUUAUGAUAAAUUUCAUGACUGUUAUACCUCAUACACAACGGCCUGAUGUGUAUGAUCCUAAAAAGUUAUUUUGUUUAUUUCCUCCACUAUUUUUUAUAAUGUCAUUACGAUAUUUUCACCACUAAUUUGACUAUGGUGGAAUGAUAUGUAGAAGUCCUAGUUAAUACCAGCAUAAUUGGAAUGAGAGGCUUCAAAGAGCAGUUACAUGUUCGCUAGCUGUCAUGACAUUGUGACCAAUGGGAAGCUUUCAAUAUGAUGUGAUUGUGGAGAAAGAUAUGAUAAUU